ACCUAGCAACAGCGCAGGCUCGGGGCCGAGUCCGUUAUGGCUGCCGCCGCCCUGGGCAGGAUGAGCCGGGCUGCGCGAGAGAAGAUGCUUCCCGGGCCGGGCACCCGGGGCCUCGGAGCGCUGGUGCGGUCACUGGUGCUGGCGUUGCUGCUCGCGCCCGUCCUGUGCUCUGAUACUGCAGAGAACAUGCCACACAGCCCCACUGCUUCUCCUCCAGCUGCACUGACAGCUGGAAACAGCACCGAACCUUCUGUUUCCCAGAUCAGCACCACUUCUCCUCCGCCAGCCAGUACACAGAAAAAUGGAGGCACCUCUGUGGCACCCAUCCUCUCCACUGCUCCUUCUGUGUCCCAGGACGAGGCUGAUAGCAAUGAAGAUCCCAGCAUGGAGGAGGAGGAUCUUCUGGCGCUCAACAGUUCCCCGUCCACAGCCAAAGACACUCUGGACAAUGGGGACUAUGGAGAGCCAGACUACGACUGGACCACCAACCCCAGGGACGAGGAGCCUGAUGAUAAUAUAAACAUAGAGAUAAGCAGAGAGGACAGGCACUUCAGGGGCUUUGAGGACUCAGUGAAGGUGGUGAAGCUCCCGCCCCCAAACAGAGAAGAUAGCCAUUUCUUUUUCCAUCUCCUUAUUUUUGCUUUCUGUGCAGCUGUUGUUUAUGUAACGUACCACAACAAAAGGAAGAUCUUCCUUCUGGUUCAAAGCAGGAAGUGGCGUGAUGGCUUGUGUUCUAAAACAGUGGAGUACCGUCGUUUAGACCAGAAUGUGAAUGAGGCCAUGCCUUCUCUGAAGAUCACCAAUGAUUAUAUUUUCUAAAGCACUGUGAUUGGAGUCUGCUUCUUCUGUCAUUUUAUUUGCUUGACUUUUAUAUGAUGUCCUGCAAAUUCUGUCACAAGCAAGUGGCGCUUAACCAAGAGGGGGCCCUCUCUUUUGCCUUGGUGCUUUGGGAACUAAAUGUCACAAACAAGGAAUAUAAUUUUUUUUUUUGUUUUUUUCUAGACAGGGUUUCUCUGUGGUUUUGGAGCCUGUCCUGGAACUAGCUCUUGUAGACCAGGCUGGUCUUGAACUCACAGAGAUCCGCCUGCCUCUGCCUCCCGAGUGCUGGGAUUAAAGGCGUGCGCCAUCACCGCCCGUGGAAUAUAUAAUUUUUUAAUUGGUUCUUUAGAGCUAGAUUCAAUCAGGUAUCUGAAGUGUGAGUUAAACCUUAUUGUAUAUUUUUUGUAGUAGUUAUUAUUUUCCAUUUAUCGCGCCUCUGGCAGCACUGUUCCCUUUGAAAGACCCCAAACCAGAACUAAAGUCUCAUGGGGCCCAGCACUGCUGUUUUUAAUCACUCGCUGCUGUCCAAAUGCUGGUUUUCCUCUUUCUAUUAUUCUGUUUCUAAUUUUGAGAUGGGGUCUUACUGAACAGCCUAGGCUGGCCUCGAACAGUUGGUCGUUGGAUUCUCAGAUGCUGGUACUACAGGUGUGGCUGCCCCACCCACUUCCAGAUAGCCUAUUUUCAAACAUAUUUCUGUUUGUGUGUGGUACAAACUUUAUUAUACAAGGAUAUCAUGAUAUAUUGCUUUGUUUUACAGCAACAUGUUUGCCACUCUUUCCAAACUGCUUUGAAAGAUGGAUGGCAAGGCAGGCUCAGUCAGUGAGGGCGCCUGCCGCCAAGCCUGACAGCCCGGGUUCAGUCCCCAGGACCUGCAUGGUAGAAGGACAGAGUGAAUUCUUGCAGUUGUUCUCUGACCUCCACAUGUGUGCAUGGCAUUCGUGCACCUACACACAUGCUUAUACACACAUAGUAAAUAAAUGUAAUUAUUAAGAAGAAACCCGCUUUGGAUGUUUUUUGGCACUUGAGACAGUGUAAGAUGACGUGGCCGCUGUUUCACUCACCACACAUUAAGCUGGUUAGGAAUCCCUGCAAAAUGGCCUGCAGUUCCCAGUGAAGGCAGCCAGGUGAUAGGUGAUAUCAGCCAUUGGCUAGGGCUGCUGGAUGGCGCUUCAGGGGAAGCUGGGAGAACAGUCAGUCAAGCAUUUGAUUUCAGCCCAGGUUCCAAGGGUUCAGGCGAUGAGCAGAGUUUAAAACUCCAGUCAGAGUUUUUUCAGUUUGUUUUUUGCUGCACAGUAAAUUUGAAGAGACUUUAGAGACCAUUAUCACUUAAAUGGUGCCUGCAGUUAACGUGAUAAUCUGAAUAUAGCAGUGACAUUCAGACUCCCUGCCGUGUUUUAUUAUGUUGCCCCCCCCCCAAACUGGAAUUCUUUAUGUGUUUCAUGUUAGCCUGUCUUUUAGAGUUGGUCAGAAUGUAAAUGUGUGAUUUGAACCAUGGUUGACUACCGAGCUUCACUGCAACUCUCCAGAAAGCAUAGCCUUCACUGUAUGUUCUGCAGAGCCCAGGCGAGCCAGCAGCCACGCUGCCUGUGUGAGCACAGAAGCAGCAGCGCUGUCCUCCCCUUCAGGACAGGUGACUGUCCGAAGGAUGGGCAGCGUAGUGAAAUGUACCUGGACUGUUUUAUUGCAGUAGUUUUUUUCAUAUUUGAAAUUGUAUUAUUUAAUAUUUUGAAUAAGAUUUUAAGAAAUAAAUGGCAAAGGUAUA